GUUGUUUGUGACUCAGUAGAGGGUGAGGACGCUCGCUGUCUCUCGUGGAUACUCUUGCAAGAUUUGUUGCCAAAUCUGCUUUCCUAUCUAGUCAGAUUUAACAAUGAGAAUAUAGUGUCGGGACCUAAGUUAGCCACAAUGAAGCUUUACACGUUAAGACGCCCACGGGGCCGUACACUUGUAAUAGUGUUGUGUUGUGUUGGACUCGUGUGUGGGGUGUUCCCUACCUCGGCUCCAGACAACAGAUAUCAACUCACAGAAAAAGGAUGUGUAAUUGUGGACGAGGUGUGCUUAGUGCCCGAGGAGAUACCUAACUAUGAGGCCAUCAAAAGCCUUCACUCCCAGUUGGAUGAUGACCACAGCGGUGACAUCGAUGUGGCGGAGUCGGUUGACUUUUUAAAGGAGGAGCUUCAGUAUGCGAAAGGCUACGAGAAACGUCAGAAAGUCUUCCAUUAUAAUAAUGAUCAGUAUAUAUCUGUUCGAGAACUUUGGCACAUAUGGAAAAAAUCUGAGGUACACAACUGGACUGUGGAUCAGACUGUGGCAUGGCUUGCAGAGUCUGUUGAACUUCAGCAGUACGCCAGAAACUUUUAUGAAAAUGCUGUCAAUGGAUCAGUUUUGCCGAGUGCUGUUCUCAGCGUGAUUUCUACCCGUUCCGAAAGAAGAAAUUCAAGGUAUAUAGUUGAAAGGCUGGCAGCCAACAAUGAGCAGUUUCUAACAAAAGUGCUGGGAAUCAAAGACCCGAAACAUCGGUCCAAGAUUACCAUUAAGGCUAUGGAUGUCGUUCUUUUUGGUCCACCUAAAGAUACAGGAAGCCACGUGAAGGAUCUCGUCCUUGUGUCACUCCUCACCCUUGCGUUAAUUGGUUGCUUCAAGGCUUACCAACGCAACCGAGAGUAUGAAGGACAAUUAAGUGAUAUGCUUAGGGACAUGGAAAAGUUGCGAGAGGCGGAGGAAAAUUUGCAGCAGCUGGAGCUGAAGAUGAAUACUAAGGUCACCACUAAUGAAAACACUACAACAAUGAGUGAAAGCAUAAAUCGUGAUGAAGAAGUCCAGCAACUCAAACUUCAAUUAGAGGAAGAACGUGAAAAGAAUGAAAUGAUGAAAGAACAGAUGAAACGUGGGUUAGAGGAGGCAGAGCUUGAUGACCACCACUGGAGUGCACCAGUUGAUCUUCAGCAUUGGCUCCAACUUACAUAUGAGCGGGAAAGGAUAGCAUUUGAGAAAAAACAAGGUGCAGCCCGUGAACAGUUUACUAUGGCCAGAGAAUUGUGUGAAAAACUUAACCGCCAACGCCGCAGCUUAAUGGGAAUGCUUGCAUCUGUUCAUGGCAAAAUGGACAAUGUAGACCAGUCUAUAAGUCAAGCCAGUAUUGAAUUAUCUUUUAGAACUAUUAUGGAAGAGGUAACCCAGGAACUACGAGAGAGAGAGCAGCGUUGGCGAAAUAUCGAAAUUUUAGCAGGUUGCAGCAUCACUACAAAUGCUGGCAUACACACACUGGAAUUGAUGCUUCGUCCACAAGUUAAUGGUCGUCCUCACUCCACCUAUGCUCCCAGUAUAGGAACUUCUCAACCUAACGGUUCCUUUGCUAUCUGUGGAGGAGGAGACACCAACCUAAUAGAAGUCCACCAGCUGUUAAGCAGCCAAUCAGCAUUAAUGUUUCUCACUAUGGGGGGCUGUACAGGAGCUUCAAGUUACUAUGGAGCUGGAAGUUUGAGUUCCUCUACAUUAGUCAAAACACCUAGAGAUUCUAUGGCCGAUGUCAAAGGAAGCUCUGGGGUUACACGUAAGAGGAGCCAGCUUAUGCCCCGAGAUUCUGGUUCAUCGCUUGGCUCAGAGUCGUCUGUAACCCAAGCAAACAUUAUGCAUCACAGUUAUACAUAUUCCACAGAAUUAGCCGGGGAGUUAUAUGAUAAGGAGCACAUCCGUCGAGUUUCCAGCACUGGGAGUAUCGGCAACAGUACUCCUCUGGAACAUGAUCACUGUAAUGACUCCUCCACAGAAGAAACAGACAUGUCUGUAUCUGGAUCUGAUACAACUAUUUUCAUCAUGGGAGGAAGCGACAGGAACAAAGGAUCAAAGAGAAGUCAACUGAGGCUGAAUUCUGACCAUGGCAAAACAAUCACUACGUCACAGGUGAGUCUCUCGCCACUACAUUCACCUUCCACACUGCCGCGUGGGUCAAGCACAGGGAACAUGCAACACAACCCUUCUCCUAAACGCAGUCCCAUGCUCAAGUCCUUCAGUCAGGACACUGGUGCUAACUCCAGCUCUAGCAUGAAGUUGAAGGAACGGGAAAAAAUAUCCGCAAGUGAACCAGCACUAGACAGCCCCAAGACGUCUGUACGUGACAAGCACAUAACACUAUCACCUUCAGAGGAGGGAAAUUCGUCCGAUUCAUCACUAAUGGAAGAUCGUUCACCCAGUGCUGAUUCUGGGAAAAAGCAAAGUAAACAUAGAUUUACUAAUGGUAUCCUCGGAAGUCUAAAAUUUAGCAAAAACAAGAAACUUAGAGACUCACAAAAAGAUUCAAAUAAAGAUAGUGCAAAAAUAUAAAUAAAAAAUUUAAUUUCAUGUCGUUAUCAAUAUCUUUCCGUAUGGAGUGGUCAUAGAGUGGCCUCCAUAUUGACCUGGUCAGUGCACAACUUGCAAGUAAUGGUUUGCAACCUCUCAUCACUUGUUUAGCUAGUGUUUAAAUUCAUUCCCAGUUGACUGCUGCUUUACUUCUUGUUCAUAGAUUCUGGACAGAAUACUGUACAUUGUAACUAAUUUAAACAUUUACUCAUGCUAUCUUUGAGCAUUGUCUUGCUUUUCAUCACUACAUCAUCACACUCGCUCACUUCAUUAAUAGAUUUAAUGCAAUGUUUAGUUAAAAAUUGUCCAAUCUUUAUUUAUACUACAUUUUUGAUCACUGUCUUAGUCUUUGCUAUACCUUAAAGUGCACUUCUAUACCUACUGUACCAUACAUGUACUACUUCAUUCUUGCCUUUCAUAAAUCUGUAUAGGUGUAUACUGUAUAUAUAUACAGUAAAUAUACAUGCUUCUACAUUUUGGAAGUACAGUAUUGUAUAUUUAUGCUGUCUAUUACAUUGUAUGUUAAUAUGCACAGGGAUUAUUGGUUUACUUUUAGUGUGUUAUUAGGUUGAUAGUACGUUACAAUGAAUGGUUGAAUAUGUGAUUGGAAAAGUGUGCCAUUUUUAUUAAGUGAUAUGACCAACCAUAUAUCAUUGUUUUGUCUUUUACUACAGCAGGUAUUUUUAUCGUGCUUCUUGACAGCUGGAGAUGGAUCUGUGUAUGAUAAUCUAGUGUUUGUAUAGAGUUUACCGAGUUACUGAAGAACUCGGACUGCCUGAUAUUGAAUUGGCACAUUGUUAUAUUUUAUUAUAAUAGUACUGUAGUUACAUUACAUUUUCAAAAGAAUAUCACAUCAGGCUCAUAGGAUUCAUUUUACAUCACUUAGUCUACAAUUAGUGUGUAGAUUAGAAGAUUACCUUAGGAGCAUCAAGUUUUAAGAAUGUGCUAAAAUGAUCUCUUGGGUCUGCUGCUAUGUAAUAUCAAAACGAUAAUAAAGCAAGCGGUCGACACCGAAUACUACUGUAGUGCAUUGUGCACAUCUUGGCAUCCCAGGUUAGAGUAACAGAUCUGCUUGUCUCUGGUUUGUUACAUAUGUGAUAGCAAAUUACUUCUAAUGCUGCCUCAACCCUUCGUAUUUUAAGCUAUGUCCAAGCCUAUAAUGAGUGAAUGCAGUCCUGUGUUAUUGUUCACGUUAUAAUAUGUCAUAUAUUCUAUGAAUUUUUACUAAAAUAUUUAAUAUGUAGUUGUUUCAUGGGAAUAUUUUUUGUAAACAUAAAUGCAGGAUUAAGUUUAUCAGUAUUUUCAUAGUUAAAUAUUGUAUUAUUGCAAACCACCUUGUAUGCAUGAUUGAUUGUAACUGUACUGAAAAUGGUUAAACUAAAUGCAAUAAUAUUUAAGACAAUUUGCAUAUAUGUUCCAUA